ACACCACACACACACACAGAGAGAGAAGAGAGAGAGAGAGAGAGGCCCUGAGCCAGUGUUAAGUUUAUGUUAGCAGUCUGACGUUAGCUCCCGCUGCUAACUCACUUCAGACAACUUGUCAGCAGCCGAUCGAUCCUGGACGGGACCUGAUUAUCGAUAAUAACUCGUUUGUUUCCAAUGACCGGCUGCCAAUUUAUCGUAGGGUAAAAAAGACCUCCUGAACCAGCAGCACUAUUGUGAAGAGUGGAGCUAUGAUGGCAACGUGACAGGAGGGGAGCCGCUGAGUCAGCUUCAACAGGAACCAUGGAAGGGUUUCAACAAACUGCUACAGAGCAGCACGACAGGGUGAAUGGCUACUGCGAGCCCAAAUCUCCCCAGGACGCGGCUGAUGUCAGGUGGACGCCGCCAGAGGGAGAGUCUGGAGGUUCAGACAGCUGUGGGGGCACGAGUGUGUCGGAGCUGACCGACCUGCAAGAGUUGAAGGCCAGGGAAAGCGAGGAUGAGGAGGACAAGGAGGACAAGGAGAGGGAGGUAGUUCCUGCUUCUAAAGGCCUGAAAGGGGACCAGAAGAAGAAAGAGAAGGAGAAUUUGGAUCAGGAGGAGAACAGCAAGCAAAACAGCAGUGCAGCAUCCAGCUACACAGACCUGUCACAUACCUCGUCGCCCUCGCUGUCAGAACAGCUGCGUCUAGGACGAGAAGACAGCACAGGGGCUGGGAUCAGCGUGGAGUGUAAGGUCUGUGGGGACAAGGCCUCUGGCUUCCACUACGGCGUGCACGCCUGUGAGGGUUGUAAGGGCUUUUUCCGGCGAACCGUGCGAAUGAAACUGGAAUAUGAUCGCUGUGAGCGUUCCUGCAAGAUUCAGAAGAAGAAUCGUAACAAGUGCCAAUAUUGUCGCUUCCAGAAGUGCCUGUCUUUGGGAAUGUCCCAUGAUGCGAUCCGAUAUGGACGUAUGCCUGAGGCGGAGAGGAAAAAGCUGGUGGCAGGUCUGCUUGCAGAGGAGCAAAACCACGGCAAACCAGGUGGCUCAGACCUGAAGACCUUGGCCAAACAAGUCAACACAGCCUACCUGAAGAACCUCAGUAUGACCAAGAAGAGGGCCCGCAGCAUCCUGAUGGGCAAAACCAGCAGCACCUCGCCUUUUGUGAUCUACGAUGUGGACACGCUGUGGAAGGCAGAAAGUGGUUUGGUAUGGAGCCAGUUAGUUCCAGGUGCGCCCCUGACCAAGGAGAUUGGGGUCCAUGUGUUCUACCGCUGCCAAUGCACUACGGUGGAGACUGUGCGAGAGCUCACCGAGUUUGCCAAGUGCAUUCCAGGGUUUGUGGACCUCUUCCUUAAUGACCAGGUGACUUUGCUGAAAUAUGGCGUGCACGAGGCUAUUUUUGCCAUGCUGCCCUCUCUCAUGAACAAAGAUGGGCUGCUGGUGGCCAAUGGUAAAGGCUUCGUGACCAGGGAGUUCCUGCGCAGCUUAAGAAAGCCCUUCAGUGAGAUCAUGGAGCCCAAGUUUGAGUUUGCUGUCAAGUUUAAUGCUCUGGAGCUGGAUGACAGCGACCUGGCCCUGUUUGUUGCUGCCAUUAUUCUCUGUGGAGAUCGCCCUGGGCUAAUGAACGUGAAGCAGGUGGAGCAGAGUCAGGACAGCAUCCUCCAGGCCCUGGACCUCCAUCUACAAGCAAACCACUCUGACUCAGUCUACCUCUUCCCCAAGCUGCUGCAGAAGAUGGCCGACCUCCGUCAGCUGGUUACAGAGAACGUUCACCUUGUCCAAAAGAUCAAAAAGACUGAGUCGGAGACCUCGCUCCACCCUCUACUACAGGAGAUCUACAAAGACAUGUAUUAGUAUUCUCCAGCACAGACUGCUUUUAGCAAUACUGUUACAGACUGAAUUCAUAUUUAUAAUAAUACACUGCAUUCAGUACAAGCACUGUUCCACGUACGGGCAUGGAUUUUAACGUGCAGAUGAGGCAAAGUCACGUGGUAGGGCUAACACAAUCAGCAAAGUCUUCUCAGUGUCAGCAUUACCCUCAGCACAGUAAUGUAUGUGUGCGUGGUGUGUGUGUGUGUGUGUGGGCGCGCGAGUGAGUUGAGUGUGAGAUGAGCAUCUGGAAUCAUUUGCUGCAAGUCCUAGUUUCCCACAACGGUUACUUAACAGAGAGAAUGAUAUGUUUUUCUCACCGAGGCUGCUCCUAUUACAUUCUAAUAGCAAAACUGACCCCAGAGCAGCGUCCAGAGAGAGCUUCUCCUCACGUGUGAAGGGAAAGCGUUUCAUGUUCUUACACCAAUGGCAUAGUUGGAAUAGAAAGGAGCUGUCAGUUUGUACUGUGCAGGAAUUUCUUAUGAUGCCAAUGUCUUUUUGGUAGUGAUUGUUCUCAGACUUUUGGUAAAGCUGAACAUGCAAACGUUGUUUUUUUGUUUACAUCAUCAUCAUCAUCAUCAUCAUCAUCAUCAUCAUCAUCAUCAUCAUUAUCAGUGACUGCUACUUUGCCAUUUGGUUUAUAGAACACAAACUGGGCUGGCUCCAGCAGUGUAGAGCUCUCUCUCUCGAAGCAGCUGUCUGUGCAAUACCGUUUCCAUUUGUCAAUAAAUGUGGAGAUCCAAGUUAUAUAGGUUUUGUCUUAAAGCCAUCUACCUAAGUGGUAACUAAUGGACUAUGCUGCACAGAUUUUGUUUCUGAAGCUGACACUAUAAACACAUGACCCAUUGAAGUACAAGGGACCGCAUGUUUGUUUGUUUUUUGUUUUUCUUUAUUCUGACAUGCAAAUUAUCAUUGACUUGCCAUUUUAAGGUUUUUCUUAGUUUAUUCUUUGUAAUUAUGUUACUAAUUAUUUGUAAUUGUUGAUCAUAUUUGUAAGGGCAAAACAUGAAUUAUCAUCUUGUUUUAUGUAUUGAGUAUAUCUGUUUUGUUUUUGUUUUUGUAUGACAUGUCUGCCUAUUUAGUUUAGGUUGUACCAAAUAUAUCGUCAAGCAUACCAACAAA